GGGCCGCAGGGCCGCCAUGGGGGACGACGCCGCCGCCGCCGCCGCCUCCUCGGCCAAGGGCGCGCACCUGCUCGUCGAACACCUGCGCCGCCGCACGCACUUCUCCAGGCAGGAGAUCGAGGCGCUGUGCCGGGUGUACCGCAGCCUGGUGGCCAGCACGAGUGCUGCGGGUGGCUCCCCCGCCGCCGCGCAGGCGUCGGCCGUCGCGGUCGCAGCGCCGCCCCUCGCCGGCGUCGCCGCUGUCGAGGGACUGGACCGCGUGGUGUUCCGCGAGCUGCUGCACAACACGUUCGACCUGGUGACGGAGGAGGUGCUGAUGGACCGCGUCUUCUGCGCCUUCGACCGCUGCAACGACGGCGUGGUGCGGCUCGAGGAGUGGGUGCAGGGGCUGUCCGUCUUCCUGCGGGGUACGCGAGAGCAGCGGACCGCCUUCUGCUUCCUCGUCUACGACCUCAACAGCGACGGCUACAUCACGCGCGACGAGAUGUUCCACCUGCUCAGGAACUGCCUGGUGAAGCACCCGAACGACGAAGAUCCAGACGAGGGCGUGAAGGACCUGGUGGAGCUGGCGCUGCGCAAGCUGGACGCGGACCGCGACGGCAAGGUGUCCUUCCAGGACUUCCAGAAGGCGGUCCAGACGGAGCCACUGCUGCUGGAGGCAUUCGGCCAGUGUCUGCCAGCCGAGAGCGCCUGCCACACCUUCUUGGCCACCCUACGGGAGCCCCAGCCCUGACUCGGAGUACCAGUCCCGAGUGGCAGACCAUCAAGUUACACACUUCAAUGGGUCCCAGUCACCCUCCCAUUCUGCAAAUGUACAUAUUUAAUAUCACACAUUCUAAAUUAAUAUAAGUAAUGUUUUAUACUCUUACUAGUGUGCUCAUCUAUUGUUAUCUUCAUCUCGAAUCACUGAAGCCCAUUUCGAAAGCACGAAUUCUGGACAGGUUUUUAUGUAUUUUUCUUUGACUUAUCGUAUGUCUGAGCACGUAACAUCUAGAAAGGACAAUGUCACUACCUACCAAUAGUAACAUAAGUAUUAUCCUCAUGAGCAGCUGAAGGUCCUCAGAAACGAUAAAUUUAGAGACUGUGAGAGCAUUCGAUCUACAUGGAAACAUACAAAAAGUUACUGUACGUGGAAUAUAUUUAAACAACGGGAACGCUAUACUGGACUAUAGACCUCAAUUAUAUAGUGU